AUGACUUCUUCCCAUUGGAUUUCUGUGCCUGAGGCCCUUGGACUGUUUACUGUUGUGCUAGUCGGCUAUGGCGUAGCUAAAGCCAUAUACAACGUCUUCUUCCACCCACUGCGCAUGUUCCCCGGUCCAAAACUGCAUGCCGCGACAUCGAUGCGGCAAGCCUUGAGUGUCGUAAUCGGUAAACCACACGAGAAUGUACUGGAACUACACAAGAAACAUGGUGAGGUAGUCCGUCUUGGUCCCAACGAGUUGUCUUUCAGUCAUGAAGGAGCGUGGAAGGAUAUUUGUGGCCACAUGAAGCACGGCCAAGCCGAGAACGGGAAGGAUCAGAGAUUUGCUAGCGAGGUGCAAGAUGCAAGCCUGAUAAGUGCUUCACGCGAGAGGCAUGGUCCACUUCGGCGUACGCUGGCGCACGCCUUCUCAGCCAAGGCUAUGGCUGAGCAGAUGCCUUUGAUCAACCAGUACAUCGACUUGCUUAUGCAGAAACUGCACGAACACGGGGAAUAUGGCAGGAAACCCCUAAACAUGGUCCACUGGUUUGACUGGACCACCUUUGACAUUGUUGGAGACCUGGCCUUCGGAGAACCAUUCGGCUGCCUCGACAGAGGCAAAGCUCAUCCUUGGGUGAGCCUCUUAUCAAAUGCGCAGAAGUUCAUACCUCUGCUCCAAUCUCUUCAGGACCUGCCUUUCUUCAAAGCAUUGAAGCCCCUUUACAUGGUGCUCUAUCCUCCACUCCUAUCGGCGGGCAAAACACUCGCAACGAGCCAAGAAUUCGCGGACGCGACCGUGAACAAGCGGAUUGACCUCGGUGUUGCACGACCGGACUUCGUAGAGCAUAUGCUAAAGAAGAGAGCCGACUAUGUGAGCUUUACCAAAUUUGUUCUGUGCUACUAG